AUUGCUUCCUCACAAAAAAACUGAAUAGGAGUGAGGAAAAAACUCUCUUCUGUUGCAGACCACAAGGUGGGGCCCUUUUGUUAACAGUUAUAAAAGGAGUGGUCUCCUUUUAGGCAAGCACUUUUUGACUGAAAUAAGAGGACUGGAUAAAUCAUAUAUUGUUAUUUUCCAUAAUCAGAUCAUUACCAUCUGAGAAAUAUUAACUGAAAGUUAUGACAUGCUGAGGUUAAAAUUCAGAAAAACUCUGGUAACAGACUAUGCUGUGGAGUAAAGGUGAAACUGAAAGUAGAUUCUUAAGAGAAGGAAGUUCAUAAGGAAAAGCAAACCACGAAGGGUUCUGCAAACAAGUGCACAGGCAAGCAAACCAGCUUAUCUGUACACAGACUGUCACAAAGAGGAUGUUAAGCUUUUAUUUUUAUUUUAUUUUCUUAAGACAAAUCUGUAAAUCUUAUAAAACAUAAAACUGUUCACUGUUUUACGUGCAGUCAUCAUGAGUGAAAUUUUACAGCACUGCAAACCACCAAACUUACAAUGCUAAAUGGUAACAAAGCUUUAAAAAUCCUCACAAGGAGAAGCAUUUUGCUGACCAUUCUAAGAAGUGAAUGACACCUAUAUUUUUCUUUAGGUGUACAUUUGGUAUUCCUGCACUGAUGGUAGUUCUGUUGCCAGUUGUUUUGUCUACCGGAGAGAAGUCCACACCGAACAUGAACACAAUUUUAGCGGAUUACAAGAACAUCUUUAUGCAAGAUAUAGAAAAGCUGGUGGAUCUUUUUGGAAACUUAUGCAAAUCUUCAAGAACUGAAAGGAAUCUAUGCACACAUAAUGAGGAAUUACAUGCAAUUUGCCAUAUGCUAAGAAGAAUUAAAAAUUCAGUCAGUGAAAGCAAGCUAACUGGCAGAGAGAAAGAAUUAACAUUGCAUGCUUGCAGACAAAUGGAAACAAGUCUAAGCUGCUCUCAGAAACGAAGAGAGCGGAAGAAGUAUGAGGCUUCAAACCAACAGAGUGAAGCACUGGAACAAGUGUCACAGCCGAGCCCCACUGCCUUCCCCUCCAAAGCAGCACCGAGUGACAAGACAUGCAGAAUUCACAGUCUAAUCACACGUCUAAAAACGUGCUGGCAGCAACUGUAUUUUAAAUACACAAAUCAGUGAAAGUAUGCUUUAGUAACGCAUAUUGCUUCAAUUACUGGAAAACUUGUGGUCAGCUUUUACAAGUAUCUUGUGACAGUGCUUAUGAAGACCCUAUAAACUGCUCCCACAAAAUAACAGUUGUAGGACUGCAAGAAACUGAAUCUUCAAGUUUUUACUUUUUUAAUGAGCAGUACAGUUUGGGAUGCUGAUGCCACCAUCAAAAUGAACACCUACAUGAAAUGACUUUGCAAGACAAAGACAUCUGAAUUCUGUUCAUUCUAAAAAUAUUCCAGAUAAAAACAAGGGUGUCAGAACAAAAAGCAUUUGUGAGAAAAUACAGUGUACAGAACACUACUACUAUGGUUUAAAGGCAUUUUCUAUUAUUGUAUGACCAAAGUCUUGAAGAAUAUCUUGCCAUAUGUAGCAAAAUGCAAGUCCAAACUAUGGGAAAUCUGCAGUCCUGUAACUUAAUUACCAAAGACAGUUACUACCAAGCUUAUAGUUGUAGACAUCAUUUUUUGAAGACAUUUUAAAGUUUGUGUAUUCUAAAGGGUAUGUUGAAAAAAAUCAUUAAUUUUUUUACCCUAUAUUUUGUUUUUAGAUAUAUAGUAAUAAGGUCAAACUUAGAC